AUGGCAGCCAGGCAGAAGGAAGAGGAUGAGAUUCAGCUCGAGGAGUAUAGGAGAUCGGAUGACAUUAAAGUGAGGAAAUUUUCGGGUGUACAGUGCGUGUCAAUUUNNNNAAUCGCAAACGAUAACACACAUACAUAA